AUGGUAAAACCGAGAGGAUCUCAGGAAAAUAGCAAUGCCCCGGAUAGUCCCUUUAGUGAUCUGGCUGCCGAUUUCGACAACUCGUCCAUCUUACAAUCUCCAACUGAAGAUCAAUUCAAUAGACACAAUUUCAACCACCCCUCAAACGGUAACAAUCAUAACAUUGAUGAUGCAUUGUCAGAUACUUCAGCACCAGCAACACCACAAUUGAAUACAGAUCGAUUUGAAGGAGGAAGGUCAUCGUCUUUACGAUUUCAACUACCCAGGGAAUCAUCAUCUUUCCCAACACCACCCGCAUCUUCUUCAUUAUCAAAUUCAAAUUCGGCUCAACACCUUCACAGUAAUCCCAAUAAAUCGCCAUUUCUUGACCAAAACAAUACAAUACUUGAAGAUGAAGUGUUUGAAAAACCAAAGGCCAUAGAUGGCUCAGAAAAAACAGACGAAUUAAGUGAUGAUAGUCUGGAUGGUGUUACAAAGAGACAUAGAUGGGGUACUACUAGAAAUAAACAUGGUAGACCUAAAAAGGAAAAUGUUAGUCGAUCAAAGACUCUCAAGAGAAUAUUGCACCCACAUGGGGAUAAGAGUAGCAGCACAGAGGGGGAUAAAGAUCAUCCUCAUCAUCAUCGACUGUUGAAAACGCGUAUAAAGUCUAUUCGGAAACCGAAUACACAUUCAAUUCAUUUCCCAGAAAGUCAUCGAAAUGAAUCUGAUUCCGAUGAUAAUAUAGAUCCUGAAGCUAGUGAUGCCAAUAAUAGAAAGAAUGAAAAACGAACAAUUGUCUUUAAUAGACCAUUACCUGAAGAUAUGAUUGAUCCUGAAACUGGACAUUCAAUUGUCGAGUACCCAAGAAACAAGAUAAGAACAACAAAGUAUACACCAUUAUCAUUUUUGCCCAAAAACAUAUUCAAUCAAUUUUUCCACAAUAUUGCAAACAUUUAUUUCCUUGUGUUGAUUAUAUUGGGAGCGUUCCAGAUCUUUGGUGUGCCAUCACCAGUCUUGGCUGCGGUUCCAUUGAUUGUUAUUGUUAUUUUAACCGCCAUCAAGGACGCUAUAGAAGAUUCUCGAAGGACAAUAACUGAUUUGGAAGUUAAUAAUCAAUUCACACAUAUUCUUACUCAAGUUGAUAAUGAAGCAGAUUAUCAUUAUGAGAAUGUCAAUGUUAAUGAUGAAAAAGUUUCACUUUGGAGAAGAUUCAAGAAAUGGAACACAAAACAAAUGGUUAAAGUAUGGGGUGCAUCAAGACGUAACUUAACAAAAGAAGGAAGAGCAAAUAAGGAACGAGAAAGAUAUAAUCACGAAAAUAACAUCGUUGAAGAGAACGUUCGAAAUUCAUUUGAUAGUGAUGUGGGAUCACCAAGACCUUCAAUGGAUGUAAAUCCAUUUAGUGACCAAUUGCGUAAAUCAUUCCAACAACAACGCCAAGAGGCUCAUCAACACCAUCACAAAAUUUUAAAAUUUGCCAGAAAGUACUGGAAAGAUGUCAAAGUAGGUGAUGUGUUGCGGAUUUACAAUAAUGAGGAGAUUCCAGCCGAUAUGGUUAUACUUUCCACAAGUGAUGACGAUAAUUGUUGUUUUGUUGAAACAAAAAAUCUUGAUGGUGAAACAAACUUGAAAGUGAAACAAGCUUUGAAAUAUUCCUCAGUUAAUGAUAAAGUUGCAAAAGCCGAUGAUUUGAUGGAUCAUUCGUUUGAAGUUAAUUCAGAAGGGCCACAUGCCAAUUUGUACUCUUAUGAGGGUAACUUGCAAUAUGCUGCUAGGGAUGGCCAAGAUUUACAAGAGGCAAUCACCAUCAACAAUUUACUUCUUCGUGGUUGUACAUUGAGAAAUACUAAAUGGGCCAUUGGUAUAGUUGUGUUUACUGGGGCGGACACCAAGAUUAUGUUGAAUGCUGGUAUCACACCAACAAAACAAUCACGUAUGUCGCGUGAAUUGAACUACUAUGUCUUGCUAAACUUUAUCUUUCUAUUUGUCAUUUGUUUCAUCUCAGGGUUGGUGAAUGGUAUAUAUUAUAGAAAACAUAACACCUCCCGAGAUUAUUUUGAGUUUGGAACCAUUGCAGGCUCACCGGCGGUCAAUGGUUUGGUGUCAUUCUUUGUCGCGUUGAUAUUGUAUCAAUCAUUGGUGCCCAUUUCGUUGUACAUCACCAUUGAAAUUAUCAAAACUGUCCAAGCUUGGUUUAUAUAUUCCGAUGUGGGUAUGUACUACCCUAGAUUAGAUUUCCCAUGCACUCCUAAAUCAUGGUCAAUUAGUGAUGAUUUGGGUCAAAUCGAGUAUAUUUUCAGUGACAAGACAGGCACAUUGACGCAAAAUGUAAUGGAGUUUAAAAAAUGUACCAUAAAUGGAGUUUCUUAUGGAUUGGCAUAUACCGAAGCUCUUGCAGGGUUAAGAAAACGUAUGGGAGUUGAUGUUGAACUGGAAGCUGCUCAUGAACGAGCAAUAAUUGAAAAGGAUAAAGUGGAAAUGAUUGAUAAGUUGCACAAAAUUCUGAAGAAUCAUACUUAUGAUGACGAAGUUACAUUUAUUUCGCUGAAAUUUGUUGAUGAUUUACAAGGUUCACUGGGUGACCUUCAACAACAAUGUGAUCACCAUUUCAUGUUGGCUUUAGCAUUAUGUCAUUCAGUUUUGACGGAACAAAGCGAAAAAAAUCCCCAUAAAUUAGUAUUGAAAGCACAAUCACCAGAUGAAGCAGCUUUAGUAGGAACUGCACGUACAUUGGGUUUCAAUUUCAAAGGAACCACCAAGAAGGGAUUCCUUGUUGAUGAACAUGGUGUAACUAAAGAAUAUCAAGUGUUGAAUACAUUGGAAUUCAACUCCACUAGAAAAAGAAUGAGUUGUAUAAUCAAGAUCCCUGGAAAUGGACCCGAUGAUGAACCAAAAGCAUUAUUGAUUUGUAAAGGUGCCGAUUCCAUCAUCUAUGAUCGAUUAUCCAAAACUGAUAACGAUCCGAAUAUGCUUGAAAUGACAGCCAAGCAUCUUGAAGAGUACGCCACUGAAGGGUUGAGAACUUUGUGUAUUGCUGAACGAGAAUUGACUUGGUCACAAUAUACUGAAUGGAACAAACGCCACCAAGUCGCCGCAUCAGCAUUGGAAGAUCGAGAAGAUAAGAUGGAGGCAGUGGCUGACUCAAUUGAACGUGAAUUGAUUUUACUCGGUGGUACUGCUAUUGAAGAUCGAUUACAAGAUGGUGUACCUGAUGCUAUUUCCCUCUUGGGAGAAGCAGGAAUUAAAUUAUGGGUCUUGACGGGUGACAAAGUUGAAACUGCCAUCAAUAUUGGAUUUUCAUGUAAUUUGUUGGGUAACGAAAUGAAUUUACUAGUUAUCAAGACUGCUUACUCAGGUGAAGAGUUGGAGAAAAUGGAAUUGAGUUUAGGACAUGGGAAUGGAGAAGCACAAGUUAUUGACACUGUCAUCUCGCAUUACUUGCGUACCCAUUUUGGAUCAUCAGGAUCAGUUGAUGAACAAGAAGCAGCCAUUGGAGAUCACACUCCACCCGACGAACGAUUUGGUGUUAUUAUUGAUGGUGAUGCAUUGAAACUAGCUUUGCUCAACCCUGACACCAAACGGAAGUUUCUCCUUCUUUGUAAGAAAUGUCGUGCUGUCUUGUGUUGUCGUGUUUCGCCAGCACAAAAAGCAGCAGUGGUGAAAUUGGUCAAAGAUACAUUGGAUGUAAUGACAUUGGCAAUUGGAGAUGGAUCAAAUGAUGUGGCCAUGAUCCAAGCUGCUGAUGUUGGUGUUGGUAUUGCAGGUGAAGAAGGACGUCAAGCGGUGAUGUCGUCGGAUUAUGCCAUUGGACAAUUUAGAUUUCUUGCGAGAUUAUUGUUGACUCAUGGAAGAUGGUCGUACAAGAGAUUUAGUGAAAUGAUCCCCAGUUUCUUUUACAAGAAUAUCAUUUUCAAUGUGGCUUUGUUUUGGUAUGGAAUUUAUUGUGAUUUUGAUGGAACUUAUCUUUUCGAAUUCACCUAUCUUAUGUUUUACAAUUUAGCAUUUACAUCAUUGCCGGUGAUCUUUUUAGGUAUUUUCGAUCAAGAUGUUGAUGCUAAAGUGUCGUUAUUGGUGCCACAAUUGUAUCGAUCAGGAAUCUUAAGAAGUGAAAUGAGUGAUAUGAAGUUUUACAUUUAUUGUCUUGAUGGUAUUUAUCAAUCGGCAAUUUCAUUCUUUUUCCCAUACUUGUUAUACUUGGUUGCAUUUCCCAGCUUCAAUGGUAGACCCAAUGAUCAUCGGUUCUGGAUGGGUAUUUUGGUCACUUGUAUUGCUUGUAUUUCAUGCAAUUGUUACAUCUUGUUCCAUCAAUAUCGUUGGGAUUGGUUAAGUUCAUUAAUUGUUGCUAUUUCUAUCUUGAUUAUCUUCAUUUGGACAGGAUUAUGGACCAUCAAUGUAUCAUCCAGUGGUGAAUUCUACAAAGCUGCACCCCAAGUGUUCGGAAUGACUUCAUUUUGGGCAUGUAUGUUCAUUGGUAUCUUGUGUUGUUUGAUCCCUCGGUUCUUUUAUGAUUUUGUUCAAAAAUUCUUUUGGCCAAAAGAUGCCGAUAUCAUUCGUGAAUGUGUUCAACGGGGCGAUUUUGCCGCAUAUCCCGAAGAUUAUGAUCCAACUGACCCCAAUCGACAAAAAAUCAGUUCGUAUUCAAGCAAUGUCUUGAGUCGUUUAAGUAUGAGUUCUAAACGACACCUGGGUCCAGGAUCACCCAAAGGUCAUACAACUUCAUCAUCGAACGAAGAAUUGUCAAAUGGGAGUGGAAGUUAUAACCGCGCUGAUGUAUUUGAGCAAGUCAAUGGCAAUGAUCUGACAUAUCAGAACCCACCAACACCACCACCAGGUAUCAUGAUGUCACCCAUUAGGAAAAGGGCUCAAAGUACAAUGAGAAGCAUGUUUGGUAAACGAAGUACUUCUGAUCCGUAUUUUCAAAAUAAUGGUACUCAGGAAUCAGUACAAACUGAAGAGAUUCCACUAGAUGAUUUCGAUACAAAUCAACGAAGUAUGGCUAGAGUCAGUUUUGAUAAUCAUAAGAGAGUUGCAUCGCUGUAUCAAUAG